ACGAUAAGCGAACAAGGAGAGGAAGCAAGUCGCUCGUCAAAAACGCCUACAAGGUACCUUUGACACUCCUUAGGCCAACCCUUCCAUCAUGAGUGCCGACGAGACCAAGGCGGCUCGAAGCCGCGUGUUCUUCGAUAUCACGAUUGGCGGCCAGCCGGCCGGGCGCAUCACAUUCGAACUGUACAAUGACAUUGUGCCUAAGACGGCUGAGAACUUCCGUGCUUUGUGCACCGGUGAGAAGGGCGUAGGCAAGGCCGGCAAGCCCUUGCACUACAAGGGCUCGAUCUUCCACCGGGUUAUCAAGCAGUUCAUGAUUCAGGGCGGCGACUUCACUGCUGGCAAUGGCACUGGCGGCGAGUCAAUUUACGGGGCCAAGUUCGCCGACGAGAACUUUGAGCUGAAGCACGACCGUCCCUUCCUUCUUUCCAUGGCCAACGCAGGUCCUGGAACCAAUGGCUCCCAGUUCUUCAUCACCACUGUUGCCACCCCCCAUCUGGACGGCAAGCACGUUGUAUUUGGCGAAGUCCUCAGCGGGAAGUCCGUCGUUCGUCGGAUCGAGAACCUUAGGACCCAGAGCGACAAACCCAUUCAGGAUGCUGUCAUUGCCGACUGCGGUGAGCUCUCGCCGUCCGAAGCCAUUUCCGCCGACACCAAGGCCCCGGACGCCUAUGGUGACGAAUACGAAGACUAUCCUGAAGACCAGGUGACAGGAGACGAAACGCUUUCUGCCCCAACGAUUUUGAAGAUUGCGGCCGAUUGCAAGGAAUUCGGCAAUAAGGCGUUCAAGGCCGGCGACCUUAACGUUGCACUCGAAAAAUAUCAGAAAGGUCUACGGUACCUGAAUGAGGACCCCGACCUUGACAAUGAGCCGGAAGGCACUAAGGAGCAAAUGGACGCGCUACGCAUCAGCCUAAAUAGCAACGCGGCGUUGAUGAACCUGAAGCUCGGCGCGUGGGACGAGACUGUUCGUGCGGCUGAUAACGCUCUUGAAGUCGCCGGCAUCUCUGACAAGGACAAGGCCAAGGCUCUCUACCGUCGCGGCUUUGCACUGGUGCGUUUGAAGGAUGAGGAUGGCGCGCUUGAGAGUCUUGAACAGGCGAAGAAGCUUGCGCCGGAGGACGCGGCCAUCGUCACCGAAUUGGCCGCAGUAAAGAAGGCGGCCGCGGCUAGGCUCGCCAAAGAGAAGGCCGCCUAUAAGAAGUUCUUCAGCUGAUGGGGUGAGGAAACACCUCGGCGGUGAGAUAGCCGUGUUUAUGUCCGCAAGGGCGCGUGAGAGUCGUGCACCACAGUCUAGAGCCUCCCGCAACUGUGUGGAAGGGACUCAAGAUCACAGUUUAGCAUGAUCAAGACCGAAGACUAAUGAUAAGUGAUAUCCCAUAAACAGUCACUACGGGGAUUGUUCAGUCAAUGGUUAAGUCCACUCAACGGAUAUAGCCC